AUGACUUGCACCUUAACUGGCCUACACGCUUCAAUAUAUUGUUGGGAACAGCAAGAGGACUUGCUUACCUUCAUGAGGAAACUCUCCCCAAGAAUAUCGGAUUUUGGAUGGGCAAAGCUUUGUGAUGACGAGAAAACACACAUGAGCACCCGGGUUGCAGGCACAAUAGGCUAUUUGACGCCGGAGUAUGCAAUGCGCGGACAUCUGACAGAAAAGGCUGAUGUUUUUGGUUUCGGGGUUGUUGCUUUGGAGAUCCUCAGCGGGAGACCAAAUUCUAACAAGAACUUGGAUCCUAAGAAGAUUUAUCUUCUUGAAUGGCUACGCUUGGUUGCUGUGAAAAUGGAAGAACACUAA